AUGCGUCAAGGCGUUUCUCGGUGGUGGGAGCAGACGCCCAUUGCACAGAUCAUCCGUAACGUACAGGAGGCUGCAGCAGCUCCACCGCGCGUACGGGAUCAGGGGCCCUGGGCUCCGCUACUCGCGUCGAUUACGAUGGGCUCAGCAGCACACAGGCCGCAGCCGGUCAUGGACCUGGCGAUGGCAAAGGAGGAAGUCAAAGCCCGCCUGGCACCUGUGCCUGUCUACACGGUUGCCAACCCAAAGAACGAAUUUGUACUGGUCGCGGGCGAGAACCACACCCAGCUGGGUUUCUUCUUCUUUCGGAAAGAGGACGCGGAGGCGCUCAUAGAGAAGCGCCGGCACAUGCAGAUUCGCGAGGAGAACCCCCGGCUGGCCCGGGACUCGAAGAUCCUGCGGGUAACUAUGGACAACGUGUACGAGGUGUUCACCACCCCGCGGGAGCAGACGGGGCUGCAGGGUAUUCAUUUCCGGUUCAUGCCGGACAUGAAGCAGGUGGCGCAUGCGUUGGAGCUGUACAAGGCUGCGGGUGUCCCCACUCGUCAGUUCAUCGGGGUGCCGGUGUUUCAGGCGGAGGGCCUCACCGUUACCACGAGAGACAUGCAAUACGUGCCGCUGUUCCUCUGCAAGGAGGAUCUGGACAUCGCCAUUCAGAGCGCCUACAUGCAGCGCAACGCCGCGCAGAUAAAGCUGUACAAGGACAAGGCCGAUAAGUACCAGGCGGACUACGAGCAGAUUGCCUCACAGCUGGAGAGCGCCUCCGGGCGGGAGAGGUCGGGACUGGAGUCUAAGCUGGCCAAGGCACGUGCCAAGCUAGAUGCGGCGAGGGAGAAGGUGGAGAGCGUGGAACGGGCGCCGCUGCCCAAGGUGGAGGUGGGCAGCUUUGAGGAGGUGGUGAUGCGCAUGACGGCAAGUAGCGGCAACGAGCUGGCGGCGUGGUCGCAAGUUAUGUUUGUGGCGCCCGCGCUGCUGCAGGAGGCAUCCAAGGGCGGAGCCGCCGCUAAGAAGUGAUGAUGAUGAUGGGUUGUUUGUGAUGAGGGUGCAAAGUGGGCUACCCUGUUGGUGGUUCCCUGGAUGGCUAAGAGGGAGGACCUGAUGCCGCCGUGCCGGUCCAUGAACACCUCCGGACUCACUGCGGGUUGUGGGGGGCCAAUCCUGGAGAAAGAUGCGGAGUCUGGCCGGGCAGGCUGGUUGAUCAGUCGGCGGAGCGGGCGGGGUUGAGGCACUUCACUCUGGUUGAGAUGGUCGGUACCGAGUAGUCCUACUGGAGGCGUGCUGACUGGGGCUGCCUCGUGGCUGUUCCGGCCGGGGGUAGUAGGCUGCGUGACAAGGCAAGGCGUAGCAGAGUAGGAGGUAGGGGCGUGGGUCUAAGGGAGGGGGCUGGGGAGGGCAAUAGGGAGAGGUACUGGGUGGAUGAGUUCAGAGGGUAGUGGCGUGUAAGGCAUGGCGGCUGGGACGGCUGGAUUUAGGGCCUGACAUGCGUGUUGGUGGUAGUGAGGCUGGAAAAGGUAUGGAGAUUGUAGGGGAAGGCUGUUUGUAGGCAGCAACUGCUCUCGAUGGGCGUGAAGAGUGCCACUGCUUCGGUCAGACGGAGGCGGUCACGACGGGUUGGCGCCACUUUUUUCGCGCGGUGAUGUAGCAGAAGCAGUAGUUGGUGCAGUUGCUCAAACCACGACAUGACGCGGUUGGUUGCCAACACCAACAUCUGUACUUUCGUUCCCGUUCUGGUGUUUCGCUGCCAGGCACGCGCUUCUCUUGGCUUGUGCGGGGUGCUGACUAGCAAGUGUUAAGAAUGUGUCCGCUCUGGGCUAUCAACUGCAGUACCGUUAGGUGUUGUCUCGACCACUGGCCUAAGUCACUCACGGUAGACUCUGUAGGAAGGGGUCAGUACGGACUAUUGAAGCGAACAGGCAGCACGUGAGUCGGAGGGGCGUGCAGCCAGGGACGAAUUGCCCUAUCGGCCCUUUCGGUUGCGCGAUGUGUUGGGAUUUUUUUGCGCAAAUUUUGGGUCUCUUGUAGGCGAGUCACAUGACGACCCUUGCGGCUUGGCGCAUGCACAGCUCGGCUGAGAGGUCAUCAUAGAGCUUUAAUGGCUGUCUAUCUCUGAACAGUUGCGUGAUGCAAAUGCGGGAAGCGGCGACGUGAAUAUAG